AUGACGGAGCUACGACCGAUUAGCUUAUGUAAUGUGGGUUACAAGGUUAUUUCUAAGGUGUUAUGUCAAAGAUUAAAGCUAGUCCUCCCUCGACUUAUCUCGGAAACUCAAACUGCUUUUGUUGCUGGCCGUUUGAUCUCGGAUAAUAUUUUGGUAGCCCAAGAGAUGUUUCACGGGCUCCGGACUAAUCCCUCUUGCAAGGGUAAGUUUAUGGCUAUAAAGACGGAUAUGAGUAAGGCGUAUGAUCGGGUCGAGUGGGAGUUUGUUCUCCGUCUGCUUCGGAAAAUGGGAUUUGCGGAAAAAUGGAUUUCAUGGAUAAAGUUUUGUAUCUCCUCGGUAGAGUAUAGGGUGCUGAUUAAUGGACAACCUCAGGGUCAUAUUAUUCCAGGCAGAGGAUUACGACAAGGUGAUCCCUUAUCUCCGUACCUCUUUAUUCUGUGCACUGAAGUACUUAUUGCAAAUAUUAGGAAGGCCAAACUCAUUACAGGGAUUAAGGUGGCAAAUAAAUGCCCUCAGGUGUCUCAUCUAUUGUUUGCCGACGACAGUUUGUUUUUCUGUAGGGCCGUAUCAGAUCAAUGCACGGUUAUUCUUGGUAUUCUCAGGCAAUAUGAGGAAGUUUCGGGACAACAGAUAAACUUUGCAAAAUCCUCAGUACAAUUCGGGCACUCGGUGGAUUCUAAUACUAGAGCGGAGAUUCAAGGAAUCCUUGGGAUCACGAAUAUUGGUGGAAUGGGCUCGUAUCUGGGGUUACCGGAAAGUCUGGGGGAAGCAAAAACGAAGGUUUUCUCUUUUGUUAGAGAUAGAUUGGAUAGACAUAUUAAUAAUUGGUCAGCGAAGUUUUUAUCCAAGGGAGGGAAGGAGGUGAUGAUAAAAUUGGUGGCUUCUGCUUUACCGACUUAUGUGAUGUCUUGUUUUCGACUUCCAAAAACAAUUACAUCAAAGUUGACUAGUGCAGUGGCUAAAUAUUGGUGGAGCUCGAAUGGUCAAACAGGGGGUAUGCAUUGGAAGGCAUGGGAUAAGUUAUGCUCCAGUAAGCAGGUAGGCGGUCUAGGGUUCCGAGAUGUUAAUGAUUUUAAUUCGGCACUUUUGGCUAAACAGCUGUGGCGGUUGAUAGAGGUUCCGGAUUCACUUUUUGCUAAGGUUUUCAAAGGAAGAUAUUAUAGGAAUUCAACCCCUAUGGAUAUCAACAAAUCUUACUCUCCGUCGUACGGAUGGAGAAGUAUUUGCUCAGCGCGUUCUCUGGUGGCUAAAGGGCUAAUCAAAAGAGUCGGUUCAGGUGAUUCUAUUUCUGUUUGGACGGAUCCCUGGGUGCCAUCUCAAUUCCCGAGACCUGCUGUAAGUAAGGGGCUGUUAUUGGACCCUUCUCUUCAAAUUAGACAUCUUAUCGAUCGUCAGUCAAACUCCUGGAAGCUGGAAAGGUUACAGGAAUUUUUUUCCUCCGAGGAUGUUACAAUCAUAGGAGCUAUACCACUGGGGAUUACAAUGUGUGGUGACUCCUUUGGUUGGCAUUUCACGAAGACUGGAAAAUAUACGGUGAAGUCAGGUUAUCAUACGGCUAGGCUACCAGAUCCAAGGGCUACGGUAUCCCAGGUCUGUGGACCGGAUAUUAUUCCCCUUCUUAAUAAGGUUUGGAAAGUAAGAUGCCCGCCAAAAAUACAACAUUUUAUGUGGCAAUUACUGACUGGAUGUAUUUCGGUCUCGGCUAAUUUAAGCAAGAGAGGUAUAAGUUGUGAUAGUAGUUGUGCUCGGUGUGGGAGUAUUGAAGAGACGGUAAAUCAUGUCAUUUUUGAAUGUCCCCCCGCGCGUCAGACGUGGGCUCUGGCAAAUGUUCAUGUGGGUCCCUUUUUCUUUCCCACUGCCUCGGUAUUUGCCAAUAUGGAUUAUAUCUUAAAAAUAGCACUAGAAGGAGAUCCAGAGGGUUUUUGCCCCUGGUUGAUGUGGUACAUUUGGAAGGCGAGGAAUGCGAAAGCUUUUGAAAAUAGAGACGAGAAUCCCAUGGAGAUUCUACAGAUAGCUAUGGAGGAGGCUAAGGUGUGGCAUGAAGCUCAGGUAGAUGAUUCGGGUGUUAAUAUGGGCCUUAUUGACCAGGAGAGAGGACGGCAGGGCGGGCCAAGCAAUUUGCCUUCAGUGACAGAAGGUUAUCGAUGUUUUGUUGAUGGGUCUUGGAAGCAAUCUGACAAGUUUACAGGUUUGGGGUGGUUUUGUCAGAACGUUAAAGAUUCAACGACAACAAUGGGUGCCUCCAAUCUUCGCCGUAGUCUUUCUCCGUUGCACGCGGAAGUUGAAGCUCUAGUGUGGGCGAUGCGAUGCAUGAUUGGGCAUAAUCACAGAGAUGUUACGUUUCUAACUGACUGUUCUGAUCUGGUGAAGAUGGUGUCUUCUCCGUCCGAGUGGCCGGCGUUCUCUGCAUAUCUCGCGGAUAUUGGUGUUGAUAGGGAAGAAUUUUCUACUUUCUCUCUAUGUCAUAUCUCUCGCAAUGUUAAUGUAAAAGCGGAUUAUUUGGCACGAAAUGUUCGUACCUUACCGCAUAUUGUUAAGUUUGUAAACGAUUGUCCGGUAAAUUGGCUCUCUUGA